UCACAUCUCUCCUUUUUAGGCCAAACACCACCCUCCACCAGCCCCUUCGCUCCCCCUAAAAAUAGAAGCAGCAACAUGCAAUUCCCCACACAUUCAAACAGAUAGUAGUCCUGAAGCUGGUGCUCUCCCUGCAGAUCAUCCCCAAUCACCAGAUGAUGGGCCUAUGAGUGAACCAGCAGCCUCUGCAGCAACUGUUACUACAUAAUACCGCCACCGGCCAGCACUGGGAAAGAACUCAAGAAGCCAGCCUCCAAUUCGUACACCAGCUGUGAGAUCCAACAAGCUCGGCUGCUAACUCCACCCAAAGCUAGCUGAUCCAUGGACAUGUCGCCGAACCCCGACAGCCCCUCGUCGGGAGGGGGCAACGGCGGCAUCAGAUCGAGCAGCGGAGGCGCGUCGCCGUCCGUUGGUUCGAUGACGCCGCAGUCGCCGAGCCGAUACGAGGCGCAGAAGCGGCGCGACUGGAACACGUUCGGGCAGUACCUGCGGAACCACCGGCCGCCGCUGAGCCUGGCGCAGUGCAGCGGCGCCCACGUCCUGGAGUUCCUACGCUACCUGGACCAGUUCGGCAAGACCAAGGUGCACGGCGCGGCGUGCCCCUUCUUCGGCCACCCGAACCCGCCGGCGCCGUGCCCCUGCCCGCUCCGCCAGGCCUGGGGCAGCCUCGACGCCCUCGUGGGCCGCCUCCGCGCCGCCUUCGAGGAGAACGGGGGCCGCCCGGAGUCCAACCCCUUCGCUGCGCGCGCCGUCCGCCUCUACCUCCGCGAGGUCCGCGAGCACCAGGCCCGCGCCCGCGGCGUCAGCUACGAGAAGAAGAAGCGCAAGAAGCCGCAGCAGCUGCAGGGAGACGGCAGCGGCGGCCUCCACGGCCACCCCCACCAGCCGCCGCCCCCGCCACCCGCCGGCGCCGCCUGCUGAGCUCGAUCUGAUCGACCCUACGCUCCCUCUCCUAUUUGGCCGGUAUGCCAGAUUGAGCUCGAGCAUCUACAUAUUUUAUGUAUCAUUCAGUUCGCGUAUGAUGAAUGCAUGCAUGCAUGUGCAUGGCAGUGGCUUCCUUCAUGCUGCUGAUCCGUGCACUCUACCUUGAGAAGCACCAGUAGUAAGUAGUGGGUGCUGCUGCCUGCGUGUACUGCAUUGCUUGUGUGCUUCGAUUGGCUUUAGCUUUGGUGUUGUCGAGUCUAUUUGCUUGUAGGAGUGAGCAAGUGUUUGCUGUACUUUGAACAAGAGGAGUGUGUCCUUCGAGUUCUAGCUAGGGACAGGGAGAUACAUAUAUGGAG